GAGAUUGAAUUAAUAAAAAAUCAAGCCAGAGCCAGAUCAUGCAUGAUCAUUAUCGACACAUGUACAUGUACACAUGCACAACUUGAGCUUGGAGCCAUGGUACCAGGUUGGCAUGAUGUACCCGAUGCCCAUCAUCAAGUCAAUCAUCCGCAAGUGCGACACCUUGCCUCAGCAAUGCAUGAUCAUGCAUUGGACAUACAAUGCAUUGUCGGUCCAUGAAUAUGAGCCUGCAAGGAAUACACAUUUAAAUCUAAAGCUUUUGAUAGUGAUAUCCCCAGACUACUAGUACUUAGGACUCAAUCUCUCAUGAUCAUGAUGAUAAUGGUCGAACCAUUCGCGUUCUAGAUCUAGAAUGUCUAACUGAUCUUGAGGACCUUUCAAUCUCUGCAUCCCGCCAUGUUCUUCAAUAUCUUUUGGUACUCGUUUAAGCAAGCAUGCACACAUUUCCCACGAUGCAUCCCUCAAGACUAUCUGCCAUGCACCCUCACCAAUGCAUCACCACAGGCUCCAAAAUUUCAAAUACAUGCAUUGAUCUGAUUGCACAGCAGUGACAUCAGCACAGUGCAUUAUAACGAGUUGAGAAGUCACAGCACUAACAAUGGUGAUUGCCGUCAAUGCUAAAAGCUUUUCACACGAUCAGAAGCCUCUGACAGCUAUUUGACACUCUCAAGUGGCAUUGGUAAGCCUAGAAAACGAGGCUUUGACAUAAAUGAUGCUAACGCGGAUGUGAUGGAAGCAAUGAAUGGAAGCCCAUGUGCCCACCCAUGGUGCAAAAUUGCUAAGAAAACGGCAGACCCACAUAAGGGACAGAUUUCCGCCAGAGCCACCAGAAUGAAUGAACGACCCGACUAAAAUGUGGUAUGCAUCUCUGCGCUGGACAGACUGGAGCGCACAGCACGCAGUAAGCAAACAAUUGCAAUGCAUCCCAAAAUGCAUUGCUCAGCUGAAUCCUACAUCUGGCCCUCUGUCAGCUGGGUGCCUCAGGAUGAGGCAUGACUGAAAAGCUGUCAGGAGGCAACCUGAUCAAGGUGGCAGUGGGACAUGUUGAGAAGCCAGAUCAGUAUCGGGCAGACAGAAGGCUUGGCAAGGGAGGGGACAGGACUGUACUCU